GUAAUUAAACUAAUUCCCUUCGUCCACUCCACAAGAGAUACGACACUCGAAGAGAAAACUAACCCUUUGUUGGGAAGGUUUACUACCCGAAAAACUACAACUGUCAAAUGGCGCCGUUGCCGAGGAGUGGCACGGCAUUAGUUUAAUUUCUUCUGAUUAGCUUGGGUGAAGAUUGGUUAGAACGAUCUUCUCACUUCUUUUUCACCAGCCACCCGUAAUAAUUAUUAUGGAUAACUCCAGUGGUUAUUACGGCCCGCCUUCUUACUACGAAUCACCUAACCGCCCUCCGUUUCAAACCCAUCCACCUUACCACCCGCAUCAGAACCCAUACGAUGAUGACUACCAAGUCAACAAUGGGUCUGACUACUAUCCCUACCAUGAGAAACCACCAUAUGAUACCCCAUCUGGGAACUUUGGAUAUUCUCCAUACCAAGAUUCUAAUGGGGAUAAUUAUUAUGAACCUCAUGGAGAUAACGAUGACUAUGACCAAUCUGGGCCUAUGUGCGACGAUCAAUCUGAUCCACUCGUCGAAGAGAUCAUUAGAUUAGAACAGAAAAUUUUCUAUUUCGACGAAGUUCUAUUCGCUGAAGGCUCCUGGUACGAACCACCCUACUCCCGUGACUACACUUUGUUUGCUGAAGAACAAAUUGAAGCAAACAAGGUGGCAAUUCGAGAAAGAGCAAAACUUCUUGAAUCAGUCCGGAAGGAAAAGGAGUUCGAAAGUAGAUUAUGCGAAGGAUCAGAAUUGAUGCAGAAAAUGCUGGAUGACUUCCAAAGAGAGAGACUAGAAGCUGAGGCUAAAGCGGAUAAAUUAGUCAAUGAUCUCUGCAAGGCUGUUGAACUUAAACGCUCCCUCCAAUCUCAAGAUCAAAUGAGGGAGAUUAAUGUUCAAAAAGAGGCUCUAGAACCUAAGACCAACCCUAAACCCAUCAACCAAGAGGUUCCAGUUCUAGAAGAUUCACCAAGUUCUACACCAUCACAGAAACCCGAGAGCAUAACAACUCUUGCUAGGGCUACUGUGGUGAUAUUACCUGAAUACCCUCUUAGCCAAGUCCUAACCAGCAUAGUCGUACAUGAGGUGGAACCAACUGAGGGACCUGACUCAGAACCACUUACGCUCAUUCAAGAAAAGGAGGAGGAAGUUUUGCUUACGGCAAUAAACGACCAUCUCCUUAAUUGUGCUGAAGACACACCUCCAAAGGAACCUGUUUUGGAGGAGAUAGAGCCCAUUACCUGCCCCCAAGAUUCCAAUAUCCAAGAGUCUGAGGAGGAAUCUAUUGAUGAGGAAAUAUUGUGCAUGGAAAACCCAACUUCGUCUAUAGAAACCUGUGCAAAUAAUGCUUCACCAGUAUAUUCAGACCAAACUUUAUUUGACUCCUUACAUGACGGGUGUAACUUGGUUUGCCCGGAGGAUAGUUGGAGCCAAAAGAGUUGGGAUGAACUUCUGGUAAGUGACGCCGAAGACUCAUCCAUGGGGGAAAGCACGGUCGUAAUCAUCAAACCACAAAUGGAUAGUCAGCCUAUUGAAGAUAAGGAAGGAAUCAAUUUCACAAUCAAAGCUAAUGAUGUGGAUCAACUGAGGAGACUUCCGCCACCACCCACCUAUCUAGAGUCUCCUCCUUUUAUCCUGUUGCCGCCAAGCCGCAGGGACGAGUCAAGGAUCCUGGACCUUGACCAAGCAAAAUAUCAAACAAGGUGGCAUCAGAAGAGAGUCAGAAGGGCCAAACUUUAUGACUCUCGGAUCGGAAAGUCGCGGAAAAAGUGGAUGCCUCAUCGUCCUUCUUACCCUACUGUGGGCCGUAAUGAGGUCCAACUGAUUGAUGUUGCUUCUAGGACGAGGUUCGAUGAGUGGGGACACUCACGGGUGUUACACGAGUCGGUGUGUCUGGCUCAGGAUACACUGACGGACUAUGGCUAUGCAGAGGAGAUGGAGGAGCUGCUUGAGGGGACCAGAUGGCAGCACCUGCUUAAGAUGAGGGCAGAGUCUAGCCUACCACUGACCAUCGAGUUCUUAUGCUCGAUAUCUGCUGUCCCGGAGAUUGAGUCACGACAGAUGACUCGUAGUUUGAUCACUGCUGAUACCACGUUUGCCUUCACUCUUGCGGGCCAGUCGUUUCAGUUGACAGUGAGAGAGAUGGCUAUUCGUCUCGGGAUCUACACCCAGGAGGAGACCGAGCAGCCUGAGUUCUACGACGAUCCCUUUUGUCUUCCCGCAGAUUUUGAUGCUAUAGCUUUCUAGGGGGAGCACUCAUCUGACGACAAGGAGUUCGUGAACAAGAAGAGUAAGGCACGCUACUGGAUUCGGCCCAGCUGGAGGAUCCUAUCUUUUGUUCUUUCGACAUCCUUCUUUGGGAGGCCGUCGAACACUGAUAGGGUCUAUGAGGAAGAUAUGUUUGUCUUCUGGAGCUUGCACGACCGCCAGCCAGCGAACGUGGCUGUGUACCUUGCCAGAUUCUUAUACUCCCAGUCCUACGGUUGCAGAACGCACUUGGUUUGUGG